ACACACUUAUAUAAAAAGGGUAGGAAGGGUCAGACACCAUCUGGGUACUCUUAGUCCUCCCUGCCCCUCCUCCCUCACACCACCCCAGUCUCUCCCCCUACUGUCCUCCCCCACCUCCAGGUGAUCAUGGCAUCAGAAGCAGAAAAAACAUUCCAACGGUUUGCUGUCUUCGGAGAAUCAUCAAGUGGUAGCACUGAAAUUAACAACAAAAACUUCUCCAAGCUGUGCAAAGAUUGUGGCAUCAUGGAUGGCAAGACGGUUACCUCCACUGAUGUGGACAUUGUGUUCAGCAAAGUCAAGGCCAAGAAUGCCCGAACCAUCACAUUCCAACAGUUCCAGGAAGCAAUGAAGGAACUGGGCCAGAAGCGGUUCAAGGGGAAGAACCCAAAUGAAACCCUGGAGGACAUUUAUAAACUCAUGGAAGGCAAGGACCCAGCUACCACUGGUGUUACUAAAGCAACAACCGUGGGAGGAGUGAGCCGGCUGACGGACACCAGCAAGUACACUGGAACCCACAAGGAGCGCUUUGAUGAGAGUGGCAAGGGCAAAGGUAUUGCAGGAAGGGAAGAGGUGACCGACAACUCAGGCUAUGUGGGUGGCUACAAGGGUGCUGGCACCUAUGAUAAGAAGGACAACAAAUAGGGAGCAGCCUUACUUAGUCUGCCAGCCCUCAACCCUGCAUCUUUAACACCAGGGAGCUCAGGGAACAAUAAACAUUUGUGUGUGCAGCA